AUGUCAGCUGCGAGACACCCAGAAGGGUCAGAGCCGAGCUACGGGACGUCGCUCAGUUGGACGCUGAAAGAGUCCGCUGCAUCCACAACUGCGGACGCUGUUCCGGCUCUUGGGCUCACUGAAAAGGAAGCGCGGAAGCUAGAAUCCGAAGAGCACAAAGCCCUGGGUUACCGCCCACCCUCCGACUCCCUCGCUGCCCAAGCAAAGUCUGAAGCCUCCAUGAAUCCCCAAGGCGCGGGGGGCACUGAGCUAAACCGUGCGGAAUUGAGAGGGCUUGCGCAGGCAGACGCUGCUCGGGUCGAGGCGGAACGAGGGAACUUGUAA